AUGCUGGGGAACUCUGUAAUUCCGCGCGAAUUUGUUCAUCCUUUCCAAAUUCCUUCUCCUGUUAAUAAUAUUAAUCCAUCACCCCACCACAAUUUAUUGAGUUCUGGAACUAAGUUGAAGCAGAAGGUUGGGGGAGUUUUUACUUCCCAAUUUCUCAGCCCUUUUGAUUAUACCCGUCAUGGGAGAAGAUGUGCAGUUCAACUCAAGGUACAUGCUACGGCUACGGAAACUGAUCAGCCAAAAUGGUGGGAAAAGAAUGCUUCAAAUAUGGUUGACAUUCAUUCGACACAAGAAUUUGUCGAUGCCUUGAGUCAAGCUGGAGAUAGAUUAGUAGUUGUUGAUUUCUACGGCACCUGGUGCGCCUCCUGUCGAGCAUUACACCCGAAGCUCUGCAAAAUUGCUGAAGAACAUCCAGAGAUUCUUUUUCUGAAGGUGAACUUUGAUCAGAACAAGAGUUUGUGUAAGAGUUUGAACAUUAAGGUCCUUCCGCAUUUCCACUUUUAUCGAGGAGCUGAUAGAUUGCUUGAUUCUUUCUCAUGUUCCCUUGCAAAGAUUCAGAAAUUAAAGGACGCCAUUGCUGCGUUUAACUUGGCCAACUGCUCUAGUCAGACUUCACCGAUAGAUAAUGAGGACAGAAGUCUUAAUCAACCGUCUGGAGCUUCCUGA